AUGGAAACGGGUAAGACGGCAGUGACCACAUUAACUGCAAUGUACGGCGUGGCGAUGCUUUCUGCCGUAGUAGGAAACUGUCUCCUGAUCUACAUCGUGUGGAGAAAACCCGAAGUACGAUCACUAACUAGCUCCAUGUUCGUCAACAUGGCCGUAGCUGAUUUAUUAGUGGCGUUUUUCAUGAUGCCUUUUUCCAUUGUUCAUCUUCACACAAACAGUCAGUGGAAGAUAUCUGGAUUGCCUGCUGACUUAACUUGCAGGAGCUUCAUACUGAUUUCUUACACCACUUCAAUGGCUUCUAUCCUCUGUCUAGUAUUCAUGGCGAUCGAUAGAUUCUACGCAGUUUUCUAUCCCCUGAUGGCUCGUGAUGUCUGGUUUAGAAAGGCCAAAAUUGUUUCACCUAUGAUUUGGAUCUCUUCUACUGCUUCCAUGGCUAUUAUGCCUUUCAUCUACAAGUUAAAUUAUGAAUUCUCUUUCUGCGAGUUUCACCCAAACGUUUUAGGAAACCAGACCCAAACUUUUCGUAUCGUUUUCCUGUACAUUUUUGUUGUCACCUAUCUAAUUCCACUGGGAGUUAUUUCACCACUGUACAUCAAAAUUGCCCGUAAAAUAUGGUCCAACUAUGUACCUGGCAAUUCGUCGAUUGUAGAGCAUCAGCGCCGCAAGAGAGAAGACAGCAAAAUGAAACUAAUCCGAAUGCUUAUAAUCAUCGUUGUGGUAUUUGCUCUUUCCUGGCUUCCCGCGCAAGUAAUACACCUAAUCUGGGCAAUAAAGACAUUUUAUUUCCAGCCUCCAUUAAUUGCCAUGUAUCUGGGACUUUGGUUGGCCCAUGCAAACAGCGCUAUCAACCCGUGGCUGUAUAUAUCCUUAAGUAGCAGAAUCAGAUUGGCAUUUACCCGGAUGUUACGAGUCCAAAACUCCCACGAGGUAUAUGUACCAAGG